UAUAUUAUUAUUUUUCUUCAGGGAAAUAGUUGUGAAAGUACGCAGCGAUGGAACUUCCAGACAUCUACUACUACAAGCCGAUAUAUGUCGAAACUGCCUCUGGAAACAAAGUUUGUAAGCAGUCGGUACUGUCAGGAGCGCAGAACAUCAUUUUGAAUGGGAAAAAUAUUGUGAUGGAAGACUGCGUUGUGAGAGGAGAUUUAGCUGGAAUCAGAACCGGUCGCCAUUGCGUUAUCUCUCAGAAAACGAUACUCCAUCCACCCUUCAAGAAAUUUGCGAAGAAUGGGGCUUAUUUUCCUCUUCAUAUUGGAGACCAUGUUUUCAUUGGUGCGGAUUCUGUGAUAUGCGCUGGUACGAUCGGAACUUGCGUCCACAUCGGACGGGACUGUGUUAUCGGUGAAAAGAGUGUUUUAAAAGAUUGCUGCAUCAUUGAAGAUGGAACAGUCAUCCCCCCGCAAUCAGUCGUUCCUGCGUUUGCAAUUUAUUCGGGAAAUCCCGGGAGACAAAUUGGAGAAGCGCCAGAAUCCAUGGAGGACUUGAUGAUGGAAUACACUCGUUCAUUUUAUCGACAUUUCAAACCUGUUCUGGAUUUAGAAAAGGCGACGUCUGCUGCGUCAGCACCGAAUUCGGCCAGAAUUUGGUCUACCCAACAGUGA